CCAAUUAUGUGCGCCUUCUAGUUGCUCUCCGCUGUUGGGUCUCCAGUGGUCGACGCGUCGCGUUGGCAAAUCAUCAACCCAUCGUCCUCGCCCUCGCCCUCGCCCUCGCCUCGCCUCACUGUGCCUCUGACCCUCCCAUCCUGUCCGACCCCCUCUACCUCUAUCCUCUCCAUUCUAGUCUUUCUGGCUUCUGAUCAAGCUGGUGAGGCCUAUCUUUAUGAAUGGCAACUGCACUAUUCGUACCGCCUUCGCCUCAUGACCCGUUCUCGAACAUGGCCACUUCCUCUCGCAGAAUACCUUUGGCUAGCCUCACCAAUGCCACAAACUCACCACACCGGCCUUUGACUAACAGUGGUUCCAAGAGACCAAGAAGCAUAGCCAAUGUCUCGCACCAGGAAAAUGAACCUCCCCAGAAGCGUCUCGCCGUGGACAAGACAAACAAAGACUCCCACACUGCAACCCCACGGAGACAGACCAAUUCACAGCACCCUACAAUGCCAGAAGCGCGUGUCUUUGAACGUGGCAAUGGCGAGUCAGCAUCCAACGCUUUUCAGAGGAAACUUGUUGCUGCAAGAGAUGGACCUAACCCUGGUAUGAGGGUCACGAAGACUCUUGAUCCCAUCCACGCCUCCAAAGAAGAGUCCAUUCGAACAUGGCAGAAGCACUAUCGCAAAAUAUUUCCUACCUUUAGCUUUUAUUUUGAUGGUCUUUCUGACGAUGCUCGAACAAGGUUUGUUCGACAGAUUUCCUCACUUGGAGCGAAAGAGGAAAAGUUCUUCUCGAAAGCCGUCACACAUAUUGUCACCACUCGUCAAAUCCCCUCACCAGCUAGAUCGGUCGCGCCUGAGGCUGAUGCCACCCAUUCUACCCAUCUUGACGACCAUCAACCACAGACCAUUGACCCCUCUCUCCUCAAGUUGCGAGUCCCCACGGCUUCGACCGCAAGACGCGAUGGUACCAAUCAUAUGGACAUUCUAGUAAGAGGUCGUGACAUGGGAAUGAAGAUUUGGGCAACAGAGAAGUUGCAACGAAUCCUGGGCUCCAUUUUUGAAGAUGCCGCAAACCUGGGCCAACAUACUCGUGGUGGUAAUCAUGCAUCUCGAACUCAACACGAGGAUCUUGGUCAAGUGCUCAAGAAUGAAAAGUUGGGGGCCUCGUCUGAGCGUGAACAGCCGUUCAUGUCUCUUGUGACUUUCAAAGGCCCAUUUGUGUACAUUCACGACAUGGAUGAAAAGUAUCGUCCCACCAUGGUGAGGGAGUAUCCCAAGGUGGCCAAAAGGUCGGAUGGCGAGUGGCCGCAGUUUCGCUCGGCGAGUAUGGGAAAGUGUCCCUUUGUCGAGGAUCCAGCCAUGAAGAAGGAAGUGGAACAAGAGCGUAGUCGAGCAAAGGUGGCUGCUUCUCGACAACAACGUGAGACUGAACAACAGCAACAGGGUUCCAGGACCAGGUCCACCGCGUGUCUUGAGACAACAAAGGUUCUUCCUCCUCGUCGGACGAGCCCCCGAAAAGCUUUGCAGGUCGUUCACAACGGCGCCCAUGCCAAUAUGGAUGUUGGCGCGGACAGAGGGACCAAAAGACCUCAGCCAACUCAGCUCGAACGCCAGUCUUCAUUUCCUCCCAUGCCGGCACAGCCAGCAUUCGAGUUCAUCCGCCCCUCUCAGCUGACCAUGUCUAAAGAACCUGCUGCUUCAGGUAUCCAAAGAUCAAACCUGACCUCUGCACUUCAAUCCAAUAUGAUCUCUUCCACCGCCGCGACUGGGGUCAAAGCCGCAACCAGCAAAGAGGUCCACCAAUUAAAACGGCAAGUCUUUAAACAACCACAGGCUGGGAGCCUCUCGGUGGGGUCUAUUCCUUCUUCACAUCGGAUGAACGACCUCGCUGUGGGUUUGAAGCAUGCCCGUGCCCCCGCUCCUCAGAGAGCCGCCAAGAGCAAAGCCCAGGAAAAGCUUGGAGGGAUCCAGGAGGAACAUGAUGCAAUUGCUGAUAACGGAGUGGCCGAACCAGCUGCUCAAUCACAAGCAAGACGGAAGACGGUGAAAAGAGAUCCUAAGCCAGGAUAUUGCGAGAACUGUCGUGACAAGUAUGAUGACUUUGAAGAGCAUAUACUCUCCCGCAAACAUCGCAAGUUUGCCAUGACUCAGUCCAAUUGGACAGAGCUCGAUGCCCUCCUUGAAAAGUUGCAAAGUCCCUGAUCUCUGCGGAGAGUUUUACGACGGAGUCACACUCCAUGUGCUCGCAUACGGUGUCAUUCUGUCAGCGAUGAGCGUUGAUUGACCCCCGCAAAACAGCUGCCUGGAUCAAUCCAUGACACGACCAUGAUGCUCAACAUGAUACUCGACUCCAGCAUCUUUUGUGUCCUUUCAGUAAAGUUGAAGGCCGGCCUAUUACUCGAUCGCGAGUUUUCCUUUCUAUUCUACCCCCCUUUAUUAUAUUCUGAUUACCAGCAUCAGCAUCAGCAUCAGCAUCAGCAAUGCGAAGACAAAACAGCGUAAAAGCGAUAAAGCAAGCGAUGACAUAUUAUAAGCCAAUGCAACCUCUGUACCCCUGCUUUCAGGCAGCCCUGAUUGCACCGAGAACAAGGCAGAAAAUUGAAAAGACCCUAUAUAGGGCAUCAAGCAUUAAUUUACAGUUUGUUUAGAUCAUGAGAUACACUUUCGGUCAGUACGUUUCAUGACGACUCUCCUUUUGAAUUGUGUGAUUGGGACUGGAGUCGAAGACAUGAGCGAACUUUUCGAGUUGAACGGAGACAACGACGUGCAUGAGCAUGUAUACGGGUUGAUGUCGUACCAACACAGGGGCUGUCGGGCCUGGAGGACGAUGGUGUCUGUCGAUUGCCGCUCCUUGAUUGGGGUGAUGGGACCAUGGAUCAAGAUUCAAUGUCUUGGGUGUGAGCGUUCUUGUGGGGAAAACAAUGUGUAUAUACUUGUUGAUCAUUAUGGCAUCCCCAUCACGUCUAUUCUGAACAGCAUUAGCGUUGGCGUCUAGAUUUGAGUUAUCAGCCAGUUCGUAUGAGAAUUGGCAAAUGGACAAGAUUUCAAAACCA